AUGUGGCCACUGCUCACCAUGCACAUAACCCAGCUCAACCGGGAGUGCCUGCUGCACCUCUUCUCCUUCCUAGACAAGGACAGCAGGAAGAGCCUUGCCAGGACCUGCUCCCAGCUCCACGACGUGUUUGAGGACCCCGCACUCUGGUCCCUGCUGCACUUCCGUUCCCUCACUGAACUCCAGAAGGACAACUUCCUCCUGGGCCCGGCACUCCGCAGCCUCUCCAUCUGCUGGCACUCCAGCCGCGUACAGGUGUGCAGCAUUGAGGACUGGCUCAAGAGUGCCUUCCAGAGAAGUAUCUGCAGCCGGCAUGAGAGCCUGGUCAAUGAUUUCCUCCUCCGGGUGUGCGACAGGGUAAGAGGAUUAAAUGACACAGUGGCACCUGGCACAUAGUAGGUACUGAUGAACGUCUACUGAACCUGGUUCUUCUGGCACUCAGCUCAGGUCGGGAGGAAUGGCUGAGGAUGGCUGGGCAGGGGGACAGUCCGCUCUUUGUUUUUUCCCUGUAUCAGAAUUAUUCCAAAGAUUCUUAGAGGAAAAGAUCACCCAACACCUUUGAGGCUUAAACACUUAAUCCUUAUAACCACCUUGAAGAUAACAAAUCCUCCCACUUGACAAAUGAGGAAGUGACGCCCAGCAAGGUUCAGACAUCUGUCCUGGGUCUGACAGCAAAUAAGUCACCAGCCAGUCACUUGAGCUCCCGGGGCCAGUUUCUUCAUGUACAAAACUGGGGUGCAGAGGUUGACGGGGUGACUAACGAAGGCACAUGAACCUGAAGGAGGUCCGGGCUCGGUGUGACAUCUGGCUGUGCCCAGCAUAUUUUAGUUCCUUACUUCCCACCCCAGGCACAAAGGAGCUGAGCUGGCCCAGCCAGGGGCAGUCACGGAGCUGCGGGGGAGGCUGGCAGGGAAAGGGAAACGCUUCCCCAGCCCAGACUCUAGCUCCCUCUGGCUGCGGGGAGCCAAGGCCCCGGCCCAUUAGUCGGUCCUUCUGGACCGGAAGCAGGCUGGUCCCGUUUGUUUCCAGGGAAAGCGGGUUAGGACUGCCUGUGGAAGGCCCCGUUGCAGGCUCCUCACAACCCCAGUGGUAGACAUUGUUCCCCCCACGCAGAGGAAACGAAGGCUCUGUGAGUGACUGACGCGGCGAUAAGCCAAGUCUAACUUGGCUCAAGAUCUUUUUUGCUGGGAGGGGCUGGUGAGGCUGCAGCAGAGGGUCCCCCAAGCUUUCUGGGCGGGUGUCCGUGACUGUACCUGCUCAGGGCUUGCCUCUAGCUGCCUCCGAACCCUGCCCUUUUCCAGGCUGGUGGCCCAGGGGAUGCAGGAACAGCUCUAGUCUACUAAGCUGAACCCGGACUCAAUGCUAACGCGUGCCCCCACCGCCUUGAGGGUUGGGAUGGGCCUGUCACUAGGCCACCUCCAAGGAAACAAAUCCCUCUUCCCACUCACGUCCCGCCGGGACAUUCAGGGGCCUCAGCUUGAAGCUAGACUGCAGCAAUCGCCACGCACCGCUCCCCUGCAAGGCAGCACGUCCAGAGCGAAACAAAGAGUCAAGGGUUGUGACUCCUGGAACCGGCAUUCCCUCUGUCCACAGCCGCCCCAGGACUCUGCUGGGCCGGGGUCGGGGCUUCCCACUAGGGGCUCCCAAAGCUACGAGCCAAGAACCCACGCAGAUGAAGGUACGGUGGGGUGCAGGGGCAGAAAGAGCAGGGAAAAUGGGCCAGCCAGAAAGCCGACUUGGAACCCUGCAGUGUCAUCGCAGCCAAGUGUCUUCACCUCGCAGGGCCCGAGUCCUCCUCGGUAAAUGAGUCCACUCAGUCCCCCGGGGCGGUUGGGUGGCUUUAACAAGGCAGUGAGCCCCGGGUCACCGCACUCUCCUCACAGGUGCCCCAACCUGGCGUCCGUCACGCUGUCGGGCUGCGGCCACGUUACCGACGACUGCCUGGCGCGCCUGCUGCGCUGCUGCCCACGCCUGCGCGCACUGCGCCUGGAGAACUGCGCGCGCGUCACCAACCGCACGCUGGCUGCCGUGGCGGCGGACGGGCGCGCGCUGCAGACAUUGCACGUGGACUUCUGCCGCAACGUGAGCGCGGCCGGCCUGCGCCGCCUGCGCGCCGCGUGCCCGCGCCUGGCCCUGCGGGCAGAGCACAGCGCCGCCAUGCUGCCCGACCAGCCCCCGCGCCCGCGCGCGUCUGCCGCGGCCCUCGGCAAGCUGCUGCCGCGCUAGACGCCGCCCCGCCGCGGCCCCCGGGGAAGGAGCGCAGCCCCAGACCGUCCUGGCUUCGAACCCACCUCUUCCACCUUCAGACCACCACCGCAUCUUCUGAGCCUCAUUUUCCCCGUCUGCACAGUGGGGAUAAGAAAGCCUACCUCACGUUACGAUUUUAUACAUAGGAUAAACGCAAGAUUAAAUGGAUAUUUGGAAAACACUCGGCUGGUUCUCAACACCACCCGCCUUUCCCCUCUUGCUUCCGCCCCAGGCUUUCUGCUGUGCGCUCCCCACGGAGGCGGGAGGCGCCUGCACCGUCCUCGGAGACUCCGAUCGCCGUUGGAUCGAAAUCACCUCCGUGGGGAGGACCUGACCACUCGGAGUUCGCCGGCUUGCGCGCGGGGGUGACGAGGGCCAGGGCUGCCGCGUGCAGGGGUCUGGGGAGCCUCGCGGCGGAGCGACCCAGCGAGACCCGGCCGGCUCCUGGAGUGUCCUGGGGACCGCCACCUCCAGGGGCCCCGGUAGUGAUCUCGGGGAAGCAGGGGCACAGGGGCAGAAAGAGCCACCGAGCCGCUCCUCCUUGCGGUUUUGCCCGCACGCGCGUCUGCCCGCCCACCUUUCCUGGGGCAGAUGCGUUCCCAGAGUGACCGCACUCGCGAUUGUAGAAAAUUCGCUCCCAAUUGUUGAAUGCUUACAUAAACUGCAUAAUUACCCAUAUUUUCUACUGUUCUCAUA